GUCUGGAUUACGCUAAGACGUAGUCUACAUGACUUUAACUGCUCCCAGUGGCUGUGCCCCUUUCGGUGAUUAAUGUUGUGUGGGACUUACCUGAGCGUUAAUUGCACCUGGAAGUAAAUACACAGAUGACAUCAUUCUGUGGCGGUGUUAAUGGAUAUUCUGUGAUGAGGAAAUACCUUUGAAGCCAUCAACAUGUUUUCCUUUAAUUCCAAUGGAAAUGAGGCUGGACAAAGCAGCAGUGGUAACCAAGACGAUGAUGAAGAUUUGCAGCGAUUUGGAAUGAAAAUACGAGAAGCUGCAGAUGAAAGGGAAGAUAUUCAGAAGAAGACUUUCACCAAAUGGAUAAAUUCCCAGUUGUCAAAGGCUCAUCGACCAUUGAUUGGAGAGCUGUUCACAGACCUCCGAGAUGGCACCCACCUGCUGUCACUGCUGGAGGUCCUCAGUGGCCUCUCACUGAAACGAGAAAAUGGCCGGAUGAGAGUCCACCACAUUAACAAUGUUAACAGAGCACUACAGGUCCUCGAGAGAAACUACAAUAUCAAACUUGUUAAUAUAUGCAGCAAUGACAUUGUUGACGGGAACAACAAGCUGAUACUGGGUCUGGUGUGGAUUAUUAUUUUGCAUUGGCAGGUGAAGGAUGUUAUGAAGAACGUGAUGGACGAUCUUCGACAGACCAAUCUGGAGAAGACCCUGUUGUCAUGGUGUCGACAGUGUACUGCUGGGUACAACAAAGUUGACAUCAGGAAUUUCACAACCAGCUGGAGAGAUGGACUGGCUUUCAAUGCUCUCAUUCACAAGUUCAGACCUGAAUUAUUCGAGUAUGACUCUCUGUUAGUGAAGACUAACAAUGACAACCUGGAACACGCGUUCAGAGUUGCGAAGGACCAGUUGGGUAUUGACCGACUCCUUGAUGCUGAGGACGUGAAUGUGGGCCAGCCCGACAAGAAGUCCAUCAUGACGUACCUGAUGUGUUUCUUCCAAGUCCUACCCCACUCGAACAUCACCGUGGAGGAAAUCGUCUCCCCGUCCAGCAUCUCAAUCAAUGAAUUCCAUGCCAGCCCCAACACACUUGAGCAGGAUAACUGUAUAUCCAUAGAGCCCGUCAUCGAGCCAUCGUCACCUGUAAAAACAACAGAGGUGGCCAUGUCCUUGAGCAUGAGCAGCUCUGAGAGUCACCAUAGCACGAUGAGCAACAUAUCGGGAGACAUCGUUUCGUACCAGGACGCGCUAGAGAAUGUCCUCACCUGGCUGCUGGAAGCCGAGGAGGUGAUCGAGAAACAGGUGGCCAUUGGCAGCGACGUGCACACCGUCAAGAAACAGUUCAACGAGCAUGAGGAAUUUAUGUUGGAGUUAACGAAGCACCAAGACAGUAUUGGCAAUGUUCUGAAGGAAGGCAAUGAUUUGAUAGCAGACGGUAAGGUCACGGAGGAGGAAGAGCACGAGAUCAGGAUGCAGAUGGGUCUGCUCAACAACAGAUGGGAAGACCUCAGGCUCAAAGCCCUGGCCAGACAGAGCAAAUUGCAGCAGAUUCUGAUGGACCUUCAGCAGCAGCAGCUGGAUGAGCUGGAGAAGUGGCUCACUCAGAUGGAGGGAUGCAUCACUAACCAGGAGCCCAUCGGCUCUGACUUGGAGACCAUCAAACAGCAGGUGGAAGACCACAAGAAAAUCCAAGUGUCACUGGAGACCCAGCAGAAAAGAGUGGACAGCUUACAGAACAUGGUGGUAAUAGUUGAUGACACGAACACUGAGAGUGUAUGUGAAGCCAUGGAGAAGCAGUUAGAAUCACUGGGCAAAAGGUGGGCAUCCAUUUGUCGCUGGACAGAGAAACAGUGGAUCCUGCUACAGGAAGUCCUGCUCAAGUGGCAGCAUUUCAAAGACGAGCAAGACAUGUUUGCUGAUUGGCUAGCACAAAAAGAACAAUUGUUAGGCCAAAUGCGAUUGGCUGAUGUUUCUGACCCUGCACAGGUGGUAGCUCAGGUCAAGCAUUUAAAGUCUAUUGAGAAAGAUAUGGUGGUGCAAGUCCAGCGAUUCGAUGAGCUUAACGAAUGUGGACAGCAGAUUGUGCAGUAUGUCGACAACCAGUCGGCAAUAGACAAAAUAUCCUCUCAGCUUGAAGAGUUCCAGGAAAGAUGGGAGCACCUCGUAUUGCAGAUGGAAUACCAAAGCAAAGAGAUUGCCAACUCGGGAGUUGAUCUCAGCAAGAUUGAGGAAGAAACGAUGAUGACGGAGGUCUCUGAGGAAGCCCGGUUGAUGAAGUUGCCGGCGACCUCCACGAAGAAACGUAAAGUGGAGUCGGCCCACCAGAUCCAGUUUGACCUCGACUCAAAGAGACUCUCUGAGUGGUUUGACAAGGUCGAGUCCAACCUCGAGCUGCUGGUGUGUGACUCCAUCUCACCCCAGGAACAGUUCACGGUCGAGGAACAGCUUGUCUUGGUGCAGGAUACAGAGAAUGAUGUCACAGCUCACACAAAUCAAGUUUACGAUGUGCUUAAAUUAGGAAAAACUGUUGCAUCAGAACUGAAAAUUUCGGGUUGCCCAAACGACAGUGUGUUGGCCGUCACACACAAAUUGGAGAACCGGUGGGAGGAGAUCAACAAACUGCUGUCACAGACCCAGAACAAGGUGGACAUGAACAUAGAAACGAAGAAAUUCUACGGGGAACUUUCGAGCCUGCAGGAGCUCAUUGUCAGCUACGAGAAGUGGAUGAGCACCGUGGAGGAGAUCGCCGAGGAAACAUCCAGCAUCAGCAGGCAGCUCGAUCAGUGCAAGGUGAAGUUAAAAGCUAUGAAAUGUCAUGAAGACCGGGUGGAUACGCUGAGACGACAAGGGGAGAUAAUCGUGAAGCACCUUCAUGGACCCAACAAAGUCACCAAGGAUUUGGAUGCUUUCAUGGUUAGAUGGAGGAGCACUCUGGAUAAAAUGGGGGAAAGAAACCGACUGUUAAUGGAAGCAUUAGACAAGGCUCCAUCAAAGUCGUACCUGGAAGCCAUGAGUGCCAUCAUUCACUGGCUCACCGACAUGGAGGCCGUGCUGCAGACAGAGAAGAUCACCAUGACAACUGUAGAAACAAUGGAAGAACAGCUGCAACAAUAUCGAGAACUGCAGCAGGAUCUGAAGGACCACCAGAGCAGCCUGGAUUACAUCAACAAGACGGGGCAGGAUCUCGUUCAGAAAACAGCCGACAAGGACAAGUCUAGCAAUCUGAACAAGGAUCUGAAAAACCUGAAUGGACGCUGGACUGAUGUUUCUUCGGCCAUCGGUGAACGCCUGGGGAAGCUAGAGAGAUGUAUCAUGCAAAUGAAACAGUACCAGAACCAGCUGGUUGGUCUGACCCGCUGGAUGGAUGAGAUGGAUGUGUUCCUCCACGCCGAGGACCCAGCAAGUGGUGACAUCCCAACACUGGAGGCCCAGCUGCACGAGAGUUCGGGUGUACUGGACGACAUCAAGACACUGAAGCAGAAUGUAAGCAGCAUCAACGCCCUGUCUACCGCCCUAGCGACGGAGGGCGACCCCAGUCUCCGGGAGAGCAUCGCGGCCGAGGUGAAGUCUCUGAACGAGAAGUGGGAGCGCGUGGUCGUCCUGGCCGAGGAGCAGAACCAGCGGCUCACCCAGCUCCUCAAUAAGAGCAGGAAGGUAUACGAUCAGAUCGAUGUGCUCAUCAGGUGGCUGGAGGCCAUCAAGGAGGAUCUCUCCCACAAGGACUACUCGGUGGAAAACACCAACGAUCUCCUCGUCAAGAACAAGAAGUUCAAGAAUUUGAAGAAGGAUGUCAAUGAGCGAGAGUUUGAAGUGACCGAAUCUAACGAGGUGACCACUGAGAUGCUGAACAAUGCACCGUCUGGGUCCCUGCAGGAGCUGGCUCGGGCCCUCAUGAAGAUGAACUCACUGUGGGGUGAUGUCGCACAGAGGGUAGACCGAUACAACCAGCUCUUUGACAAUGCAGGAUCUCAGUGGAGGGAAUUUAGAGAAUUAAUUGAGUUGGAAAGGAGAUAUCUAAAUGCCCUUGAAAGAAAAGUAAGAAAAACAUCAGUAAAAAGUCUGGAUGCUGAAGAAAUUUCUGAAGAGCUGGACGACAUGGAAAAUCUUCAGCGAGACCAUGAUCCCAGCAGCCAUCAGCGAAUUAAUGAACUUGCGGACGAGCUAAUUUCAAACUCCAUUCUCGUUGAUUCUGUGAAAAAGGACUUGGAAGAAGUUAACAGGAAACAUGAUACUUUAGAAGUUGAAGCGAAGAAUAAAGUGAGCCGCCUGGAAGUGUCGAUCCAGCAAGCCCAGACGAUAGAACGUCAGAUGCUGGAGAUGUCACAAUGGAUGGGGGACAUCACCGAGCACCUGCAGUCUCGCCUCGAUGCAGACAUGUUGGCCGAGGAUGCUCCGCCACAGGAAUAUGAGUCCCUGAAGGAGGAGUUUAAGCAGCAGGAAGACUUGCUGCGAGAACUGGACCAGCAUGCCAAGGACUACAAGCUGCAGGGCAAGCUGGAGGCCGGCGCCAGACUGGAGCAGCAGAUACAGCUGCUGAAGAAACAUUUCGCGGAAGUUAUGGUGAAGUUUCGCAAAUUCCAGCGACCAGCCGAUUUCGAGCCGAAGAUGAGCCACGUGAAAAGAGAACUGGACAACAUCCAGGAACGACUGCACCUACUGGACAUCACCAGCAGAGAAAUGGAGACCAUUCAGGAGAGACAUGAUCACUGCAUGAAAUUUUACAAGACGAUGAGUGAACUUAAACCUGAAGUGGAGUAUGUGAUUAAAACAGGCCGACACGUGGUUGAAAAGAAACAGGUAGACUUCCCUGACACGCUAAAUAAACAGCUGGAUGCGAUAAAACAGCAAUAUAACGACUUGGGGGCACAGGUGACUCAAGGAAAGGCUAACCUUGAAAAGGCCCUUAAGCUGUGCCGCAAGCUGAAAAAGGAAGAAGUCGUUCUCCAUGAGUUCAUUCUGAAGACUAACGAAGAGCUUGACAGACAGGAGACCAGUGCACUUACAAACAAAGUGGACGAAGAUAUGGAUUUUGUCAAGAAUGCUCAGAAUGACCUGGUCCACAGACAGCCUCUCAUUCCCUCCAUGAUUGACAUCAUAGAACAGCUGCGUUCUCUCAGCGAUGAAGGCGAGAUAGACAAUGCCAAUGACUUGACAACAAAAUUUGGUGAUGAUCUGAACAACCUUGCUCAACGGCUGUCAAGGAGAAAGACUGUAUUACAGGAGGAAGCGGAGCGUCUGGACGGGGUGUUCAUUGAGUUCCAAACGCAGAUCAUGAAGGUCAAGGACUGGCUGGCCGAGGCCGAGACUCAGAUUGCAGCACACGACAAACUCUCCGAACAACAGAAGGCUACAAUCACAGAAAAAGAAAGAAUCAAGGCCUUACAGAUGCAGAUGAACGAACUGCGGAGUCAGGUGGAUGAAGUCCGAGACUCAGCAAUAAACCUGAUGACCAGGAGUGACCGCUACAACAAGAUGGUCGAACCUGAACUCACCCACCUCAACCAGAGAUGGGAAGAAGUGACGGAAAAACUUAAAGUGAAACAAGCUAAUCAGCAUGAGGCAGCAGUGGAAGUAGUCAUCACAUCCCCGGUGUCGUCACCCCCUCCGAGGUUCCAGCGCCAGGGGUCGAAGGUUGAGGGUGAAGACGCAUUUGACCUGCACUGUGACAGGGUGAUGACAGCCCUGGUUGUGGUCGAGAGCACCAUCUCCACCGAUGGCAGACUGCAGGAGAGUGAUCUGUCAGACAACAUCGAGGCCACUCUCAAGAUGAUUGAUGAAGAGGUCAUCGCCCUAGAGCCUCAAGUUGAAGAGGUUAUAAAACAAGGGGAAGAACUCUUGUUGUCUGCUGAGAUUGUCCGUGAUCAAGGUGUUCAUGUCAGAGUCAGCAAGAGACUUCAGGAUCUCAAAACUAAAUGGAACACAAUUCAAGUGGAUUCAGAAAGCAAAAAGAUAACUCUUGCAGCCCUAGCUCCAUCUUGGUAUAGGUUCAGCCGAGAAAAGAAAGACAUGGAGAUGUGGAUUGCAAUGGCCAUCAAGAAAUUGUCUUCCAAGGAAGAAAAGUUUGAUAUCGAGGCUUUCGAAGAUGAAAUGCGAAAGCGCCAACGAGAGAUGGAGAGUCUGCGACAGCAAGUCGUGGCGCUGGAGGACUCGGGAGCCAAGGCCAUAGUCAGCCCUGAACUACAGAAGCUGGAACGGCGAUGGCAGGACAUGAGCUCCCAGAUGAUGCGCUACCGGCAGCCAAGCGUUACCAAUGGAGACCUUCUGGAUGGUACCAGUGGUGGUAACAGUCAUGUGACCAGGACGUCGUUCAACGUCGUUUCCACCACCGUGACUCGAACGGCCGCAAACGUCCGGUCUCCUACACAGUUCAUUCUCGAUAUUCAGAAAGUGCUUGCCGAGAUUUCUGAAAUUCAGAAACGUUUGGAUUCUCAUGAAUUACACGGCAGCGAUUUCGAAGAAUUCCAAAAGCAGGAGCAGAUAUUACUGGCUGUUCGUGAAGCUAUCGACAAGGUCCGUCCUAAAAUAGAAGAACUGGAUGCCCAAAAGCAAGAUGCUUUAUGUCAGGCAUCGAAUGAGGAAUCUGCCAGGAUUACAGACCUGAUGGUCCAGCUGAAGGGGAAGUGGACACAAGUUUCAGAGGGAUACAGGGAGCGCAAUGAGCGAUGGGCAAAAGCGAUGGAACAGUGGCGUCUCUUCCACAAUGACCUGAAGGAACUGACCGCGUGGUUGGACUUCGCUGAGAAGACACUGACCGAAGCUAAGACCGCUGAUGACUUUCAGCUAGCAGAUAAGCUGUACAUGGAACUGGAGAAUAACAUUCGACUUCACCAGGGCACAGUGAAUGGAAUGAAUGCGGCUGGUAAUGAGAUAAUCCGGCAGUCGGCCGCUCCAGAUUCGGAGAGACUCCGAGAGAAACUGGAGGCCAUCAACUUGAGAUGGAAGGCAAUGUGUGCUGAUGUCCUGGAACGACACGACAGACUGGAUAAUGCUAGUGUUAACACUAGUGAUUUCGUUGAAGAAAUGGAUGAUAUAUUUUUCUGGAUCGGUGAAACAGAAAGUAUUCUUGGUUCGUCCAUCAGACCAGAUGAAGAAUAUUUGGAGGAACUGAUGGAGAAAGUUAAAGAUCGACAAGAUGACCUUGUGUCUCGCCAGCAGAACUUGAAUGAUGUAGUCCGUAAUGGCAUCCAGAUGCAGAAACGUGAAUCUCUUUCAGCUCAGGAUCGGGAAAAUAUCCAAAAAGAUCUUGACAAUCUCAGCUCCAGAUGGAAAAAGGUUAACAGUGACAUACCUGAGAAGGUUCGUAUUAUUGAGGAGUACCUGCACCAAUACAAGGCGUUUCACAGUGACGUUGAUACACUGCAGGCCUGGGUGAACGAAACACGAGACUUGUUGAAAACACAGUCAGGGCCUGUUGGCUCGGUCACAUCCACUGACGGCAAUGAUUCUGUUAUUGUUGAUCCACAGACAAUCCAUGCUGCUCUUGAGAGUAGACAGGCAAACAUUGACGACUUGAACAAGGUGUAUCAGAAGUAUGUGGACGAGUGUAAGCAGCAAGGGACCGACAUUUCUCCAGAUACUCAGAAGAAAAUGGAAAAACUCAAUUCUGAUUGGCUGGAAGUGAAAAACAUGGCUGACAAUAUUAAACCCCGUACUGAGUCUAUGGUUGAAGAAAUAUUUCAGCAAGUAAAACGUUCUCAAAUUGAGUCGGUGCAGACACAGCCCCCUGCUUCACCACUGUGGCCUGAUUUCGACAAGGCAGUCGCAGAACUCCGCGACUGGCUCACCAAACUUGAGAGAUUGCUGAAGUCACAGCGCGUCACAGUGGGCGACAUUAAGGACAUUGAGCAGAUGAUCUCUAAAGAAAAGACUAUUUUGCAAGACAUGGAAAGCCACAGACCGAAGUUAAAUGAUGUCUUGUCGAGAGCUGAUGAGCUACGCAAGCUGACUAACAGUGAAAAUGAUAAACAGAUUCUGAAAGAUAACGCCAACAAGCUGAAAGAGCGCUGGGAGAAGGCGUUCAACCAUGUGAACCAGAAAAAGAACCAGCUGGACGACAUGUUGCUGGAGUGUCGACAGUUCGACGAGUUGUACGCCGAGUUUGAGAGAUGGCUGUCGUCGGUGGAGGAGGAGCUAGACAAUCGACCAAUACGGCCACAGUCCCCCACUGAUGUGGAAGGACUCAUCAAGGAACACAAGAUACUACAGGAGGAAGUGAACCAGCGACAAGAAGCCGUGGACAACCUGAAGCGAUUGGCUGAGAAGCUGAUCGAAGACUACAGCCAGGACGACACACGGCAGGUCGGGCUGCAGCUGGAGCGACUGUCAAACCGCUGGUCCACACUUCUCAACAGGCUUGCUGACCACUGGAAGGCACUGCAGGAUGAUCACAACUCCCAGCAGCAGUUUGACGCGUCCAUGGAGGAGUUCAUGCAGUGGCUGCAGGAGAUUGAGUCGAGCUUCGUCCGACUGUCUGACGAGACGUCCAAGGAAGAGGUCCUCAAGAACGAGGAGCUGUGCAAGGAGUUCCUCGACCAGUUCAGGGACUUACAAGCGGAGGUUGAUGCUCACCAAGGAGCGUAUGAAUCUCUCAACUCGGCCGGUAACCAGCUCGCUCGCAACAUGGUCAGCUCCGACUCGCAGAAACUUCACAAGCGGCUCGAGGACAUGAACCAGCGAUGGCUCAGUCUCAUGUCAAAAUCAAUGGAAAUCAGAGGCCGCCUGGAGACCAAUGCUGAGCAGUGGAUGCACUUGUUGCGCACACUGCAGAACGUCAUCAACUGGAUCCUCCAGCGCCAGGAGGAGCUCAAGCAGCAGCAGCCCAUUGGAGGCGACCUGGUCAGCAUCCAGCGGCAAAACUCUGAAAAUCAGAGGUUACGAAAUCAGCUUGACCUGAAGAGACCCCUGGUUGAACAGAGUUUGGAAGCAGGAAGAUUUUACCUCAGGGAAGAAGGAGAAGAUAAGAGGCUUAGCACUGACAGUGCAGACAGCAAUGAUACAGAUGAAGGAUCCAUGAAUGAUGUAUCGGCUGACAUGGAGGCCAGACAUCUUAUAAGAAAAAUACGUCGCCAGGUUCGGUUGCUCAACCGGAAAUGGGUUGAGAUUAACCAGAGAUCCAACGAAUGGCAGCGUAAAAUAGAUGAAGUCAUAGAGAGAAUGGCGAUGUUCCAGGAAUCUAUGGACGACCUCAACGAUCACCUCUCCCAAGCAGAGCAGCAGAAAGCUCAAUGGAGCGCUGUGGGAGACAUCAUCAUAGAAAACUUACAGGAGGAGAUUGAUAAAACAAAGGGUUUUCAGCAGCAUGUAGCCCCCAUUCAGGGAGAGGUGGACAGUGUAAAUGACCAAGCAAAUGAACUACAGGCAGCAGACGUCAUCUUGUCACAUGUAAAUGUUAGAAAAUUAGAAGAUUUUAAUACAAGAUGGAAAGCCUUACAAAUAGCAAUAGAAGACCGAUUAAAACAGUUACAGGAGGCCUUCAGAGACUUUGGUCCCAACUCACAGCAUUUCCUGUCUGUUUCAGUGGAACCCCCUUGGGAGAGAUCUGUUGCUGGAAAUAAAGUGCCUUAUUAUAUAAACCACACAACAGAGAGCACCCAAUGGGACCACCCUCAGAUGACAAUUCUAAUGGAGGCACUAAAUGAAUUAAAUAACAUCAGAUUUGCUGCCUAUCGGAUGUCUAUGAAGUUACGAAUGCUGCAGAAAAAAUUAUGUUUGGAUCUAGUCUCCAUGACAACAGCAGCUGAUGCUUUUGAUCGUCAUGGCCUCCGUGGUAAGAAUGACAAAAUAAUGGACGUCAUAGAGAUAAUCAACUGCGUGACGACCAUGUUUGAGUCGGUGGUGGCAGAACACCCGAAUCUUGUCAACGUUCCUUUCUGUGUGGACAUGGUGCUAAACUGGAUAUUAGAUGUCUUUGACAUUGGUCUGGCCUCGUCCCGUGGAUCCAAGUCUUAUGUUUCUGUCAACAGUCUUGCAUCAAACGAUUAUGGGGAAAGGGCAAGGACUGGCAAAGUAAGGGUGUUGUCUUUCAAAAUUGGUAUUAUCAUAAUGUGUAAAGCACAGUUAGAAGAUAAAUAUAGAUUUAUUUUUCGACUCAUUGCGGACACAAACGGGUUUACAGACCAGCGCAAGUUGGGUUUGCUGAUUCAUGAUUGCAUCCAGAUACCGCGGCACUUGGGCGAAGUUGCAGCUUUUGGUGGAAGCAAUAUUGAACCCAGUGUCAGAAGCUGUUUCGAGACGGCAAACGGCCGGCCUGAGAUUCAGGUGACGCACUUCUUGGACUGGGUGCAGAUGGAACCGCAGUCCUUGGUCUGGCUGCCAGUCAUGCAUCGCCUUGCUGCAGCCGAAACCGUCAAACACCAAGCAAAGUGCAAUAUUUGCAAAGAGUUUCCCAUUGUGGGCUUCAGGUAUCGCUGUCUAAAGUGCUUCAACUUUGAUAUGUGCCAAAACUGUUUCUAUUCUGGAAGGAGGUCAAAAACACACAAACUGACACAUCCGAUCCAAGAAUACUGUACCGCUACUACUUCCGGAGAAGAUGUGAGAGAUUUUACCAAAGUUUUCAAAAAUAAAUUCAAGUCAAAGAGAUAUUUCAAGAAACAUCCCAGACUUGGAUACUUGCCAGUACAGACUGUGUUGGAGGGAGACAGUUUAGAAAGCCCUUCUCCGUCCCCACAACACAGCAUUUCUCAGGAUAUGCACUCUCGUCUUGAACUCUAUGCAAACCGCUUGGCCGAGGUGGAGCAACGGCAUGCGUCGUCCACUCCAGACUCAGAAGAUGAGCAUAAUUUGAUAGCCCAGUAUUGUCAGAGUUUGAAUGGAAAUACAUCAACACAUGCUCUGAAAAGUCCCAUGCAGAUAAUGAUGGCGGUUGACUCUGACCAGCGGUCCGAGUUGGAAGCCAUGAUCAAAGAUCUGGAGGAGGAAAACAAAACAUUACAAGCUGAAUAUGAGCGGUUGCGAGAGGUCAACAACACACACGAAGACAGUCUCGCCAGAUCGGAAGAUGGCGACAGCAGUACGAGUCGAGAUGAAGAAAUGAUUGCUGAAGCCAAGUUGCUACGGCAACACAAAGGCCGGCUUGAAGCCAGAAUGAGGAUCUUGGAAGACCAUAAUCGUCAACUGGAAGCACAGUUGCAGCGGUUACGGCAGCUCUUAGAUCAGCCCCAGGAUCCGCGCACACCGAUGUCGGUGAACUCGUCGUCUCGCGACAGCCCCAUGACCACACCAUCCUCGUCUGUGAGUUCUCUACCGGGCGGGCCGGCACGAUACCGCUUCACGCCGAACCUCGAGUCCACCCCGCAGAUGAAUGGGAAUGGACAUGUGUCAGGCACCAAUCUGAUGAACUCGAGUCAUGACGAGGAACUCAGUGAUAUUCUCGGAGAAGGAAAUUCUUUCAGUGUGGACAGAACUAAAGGCCCCAACAAUGUGGGCAAUCUGUUCCACCUGGCUGGUCAAGUGGGUAAGGAGGUGGGUACCCUUGUCACGGUGAUGACCAACGAAGAUGGAGUGGCCAAUCCCGAGGAUGGGAAAGACAAGCCCAUCUAGAUUCAUCACCAGCACGUCAUCAAUAAUCAAUCCACACUUCCACGAUAUUACGACAUCCCGAGGGAUGUCCGACCACUGUUACAUGCUCAAACUGUUGCAUUAACAACCAUUUCUAAACCACAUUAAAGCGGCCAGCCAAACCUGGAAGAGCUAGUGUACAAAGACUAUUACUCAUCAUUGACAUCACCUGGCAGUUAAUCUCCAAGAUCAUUGAUUUUUACUCUUCAGACAGGCGCUGACAUUUAUGUAGACGGAAAGGGCCAGGAGUGAACUCCACUUUUCCUCAUUAACAAUGUACCUGCUAUUAUCAUUACAUUACAGAAUAUUGAUAGAAUUCCAAGAAGAAUGCCACAUGGCAUUUGACUUUUGAAUACCAACUAAAUUUAAAACUACUGAUGAUGAUGAUGCACUGAGGAUUUUUUACUUUUACUGACAUUCAAGAAUAGAGACCUCGUAUAUAGUCUCAUGCCGAUUUCUUAUCUUCAUAGAGUUCUUCAUUGAGAAUAUUUUUGUAAUACUUGGCCUUCAACAAGACAGAUGCAGCCGACACCAAAUGUGUUUGUCAUUCUGACCAAAGUACUCAAGUGCAUUUAUUUAAACAAGGUUGUGUGUAGAUAUUUUGUUAUGAAGUCGGGAGGGAGGGGAAACUGUUGUGAACAGUUGUUUUAAUACGCUAGCAUGAUUUGUUCGUUGUUCUGACGUGGAUAGUUGACAAAAUGAUUGGAUAAAAAUCUGUCACUAUAUGGAUCGAUAACAGUCAAGUCUGUGCUUACAUCUUUUUAUGAUUUCUUUCUUUUUGAUUAAAAAGAUGAAAUAUUAAGCUAUAGAUAAUGACUAUACAAAUUAUUUUUGCUUGUUGAUUGCAUGAUUUUUAAAAAAACUGUUUUAGUCUAUCAUAAGGAUAAUUUGAUCUUAUUGUAGAUUAAGAUCUUUAAAUGUUUGAAAGAAUGCCAUAAUGACAGUCUUUACAUGUUUGAAAGAAUGGCACCUCUCUUUCCCCACCCCUCCCCACAUACAUUGGUUGUGUAUCUUUGGAGACACAAUACAGAGCCAAUUUUUCCAGUUUUACGAUUCCUGUCCCACCCCUGUUUUUAUGUUCUUAAAUGAUCUUAUAACAUAAAAUAUUCUACUGGCUUUUGCAUACCAAUGUGUUCCAAAAACAUCUUUCAUAUGGCAAAAAAACAAGCAGUUUAACAAAAUUCUAAUGUCAUGGAAAAAACCCAGCCAAGAUGUCUCGGGGGGAAAACUGUUUAAAAUGCAUGUGUCGAUAUAAAAACAAGAAGGAAUCUUGCCACCCCUCCCCAUGUUUUGUCUGUCAUUGGAAAUACAUGUAACCAUCUUUAAAAGUGCCACUUAUGCCUUUGUAUGUCAAUACAAAAAACUGGUUGUGAGUAUAAUUGUUAUGCAAAUGUAUGAAGAAUUAACCAUUAUCCAAUUACCAUUAUUUAUAUCAGGUUAAUCAUCAUAAUAAUUAGUAUAUUUACAUAAUAAGAUGAUUAUAGUAAUAUAGUCUAUAGCCCAAAUAAAGUUGGAAUAAGUUGUACUAAUUUAAAUAGAUUGCAAAAAAAAAAAGGUGCAUUAUGGCUAUAUCGACCAAAUUUAUAGAAUAUUUGAUUUGUAUCCAAAAACAAAUUACUCAAACUUGGAUCACAUGUAAAUUUAAAGCUCUUGAUUUAUAAGCUUCAAAUACAUGUGUAUAUAUUGAUAUUAUGAGUUGACUUGACUCUCUUGGUCAAGCUAACAUACAUGUACAUGUACUGACAUAAUAAAAUAACUGCAUUUUAACAUCACUCGGCCACAUGUAUAAGCCAUUAAAAACACGGUUUCAAAACUCAUCCACUCGUCCGUUUGAUUCAUUUAUACAGUAUAGUGGUCUGCAUUUUUAUAACACAAUUGUACUUGUUUGUUUUUCUUGUUUUGUUUUGUAUUCUUUCUGCACUAUUUAAGUUCAUUUUGCUACAAAUGUUUUUAGUGAAAACAUUCUGUUUCCAGAAAAUAUUUUAUUAAAAUGCAAUGCAUUUUAGAUAUUUAUGGUCAUGAGGUUAGUAUGUGAUCAUGUCAGUUUGUGAAGCUAUAGAAAAUGUUAAAAAGUCUGCAUUAAAAACAGAAAUUGUAAUAUUUUACAGCACAUGGUUAGUUCGUAAACUAUUUUGGCAUAGAUUAUUUUAUUUGUUUUUGUACAACAGGAGAUGUCCAUAAUUUUAAUUAUGAUAUACUGUGAAUCAAAUUCAAAUGUACAUUGUGUUUACCAUUUUUCAUUUUAGUUUUUUGAUUCCCAGGGUUUUUUUUAAUAUUUCAGAUAUGAAUUAAUAUGUAAAAUUGUAUAACAUUAAUAUAUAGAUAUAUAUAUAUAUAUAUAUAUAUAUAUAUAGAUAUAUAUAGAUAUAUAUAUUUGUCCUAGCUGAACAGAAACCAACAUUUAAAUAACCAGUUUGGUAUUGAAAAUAACAAGAUUUCAAAAAUAAGGAAAACAUUUCAGUACUCAUGAAUAAGAAAGGCAGCAUUAUAUUACCCAUGUUUUCAGUAAAUGUUUGAAAUUCAUAAAUGGAAGUUUGGGUCUUCAUAUAACAAGGAUUUGUUUUAACAUUAGUGGUAAAAACAAAUGGCUUUAAACAUCAUUAAUGGUGCUGCAAAUGGUACCUGUGCUUAACACAAAUGGUGGUCUUUUUGGCUUAGUACUAUUUUAACACACAGUAGAAGAAAGUCAUUGGUGUCUUAAAUGUUUUAAUAGCAAUAAUUUGCUUCUCUUGAUAAAACAUUACCUUUGAUUAUCUAGAAUUUAUAUUCAGUGAGAGUUAUUUCUAGGUCUAGACGAAAAAAGAACAAAAUAAACAGUAAUACUAAUUUUCUCGGAGACUUUUAAAUGUAAUAAUAUUAAUGAUUUAAUUCUUUUGAUAAAACAGUACCUUUGACUAUCUGGAAUUUAUAUUCAAGGAGAGCUAAUAUUUUUGUAUCUAGAUGGAAGAACAAAAUAAAUGUUAAUAUUUGGUUUUCACUUUAAAUAUGAAGAGUGAAUAAUCUAGUCUAUAUUAACAUGGGUUUUAACAAAGUAUUUCAGUGAGGACGUGCUGGACAUAUUUUGUAUUUUCUAUACUAGUGCUUUCACUUCAUGUGUCCAACGGAUAUUAUGUGUCCAACGGAUAUUACAGUUAUUUUUUACUUAUGUCCACAGAUGUAAACUGAUAAUGGUGACCAAGUUUUUUUGUAAUUAAAAACCACGGUACCCAAGGGUGCUAACAUGUCAAGUCUGUGUAAAAAUAGUAUAAAGCAUGUGAUUAGUUACAUGUUUGAAUCAUGUGACCUGUGAAUAUAAUAGUAUUUGUAUACAGCAAUAAAUGUGUAAUAUAUAUCUUA